AUGUGUGUAGACGAGCUCUUCGAUUUUGAGAAAUCAAACGAGUUCUUGGUCUUAUGGCAAAGGCCUUGGAAGAAUAUGCGAAUUGCCGCAACACAAAUUCCUUUCCCUCUGUUCACUUCAUCAUCGUGUCCAAACUCCACUCCUUCGAUCCCUCAAUUUCUUCUCACAAAAAUUCACCACAUCGCCUGCCUUAAUCGCCGGCGACCCGUAGUGAACCGCCCGUCGCGGACCCCUCUUCUUGUCUGCGUAUCGGGAGCGACCAACCAUAGCCGCGAGUUGUCCAUCGAGCGGCCCUCUGCGAGCCCUCCUCGUCGCCAAUUCCAGCCACCGUGGAGACGCGACCAGCCGCCGUUGCGCGUCUCUGUUUUCGCGAGCCCGCCAUUCACGGCGAGUCGAGCACCACCAACUCGACGACGACCAGAACCAGCACCGAUCGUGAAGCCUCCCACGCGGCUGACGAGAAGGCCGUGCUGUGGCCCACCAGGUUACGACGCAUUUUCGAUGCGACUGGCGAGAUCCCGACGAGGAGAGUUCCGUUCACCUCCAUGUCCGCCAUCGUUUGGCGAGUUCGAGCUCUCGAUGGCAUUCUUGUUCAGCCCGUCCUUCGGCAACUUGGGAACCUCCGAUUUUCCCAGCCACGUCCUUGACCUGCUACUGAGCCACCGCGAGCCUCAGUCGAGCCUCGUCAAGGAAAGCCGCGACCUGUCAUCAACCUCCGACGACGAGAACUCGCCGGAAACCGCUGCAGCACCCUCCGGCCACCGCUACAAUGCCUCGUCGGUUCCGAGCAGUGACCGAACCUUCGACUUGACUUUUGAAGGAGGGACCUUUAACCCAGGUCUUACGGCUCAAAAUGUGUCCAGCACCGGGACCUUUAACCCAGAUAUGGAGGAGAACAAUAAUAAAAAAGACAUUGCUUGGAAGUAUUCGAAGAGGGAUCCCACAAAUAUACAUGCAUUUACUUGCAAUUUUUGUGGGAUCACGUACAAAGGCGGAGUCUCGAGAAUGAAGCAACAUUGGGUUGGAGGCUUUGCAAAUGUCUUACGAUGUUCAAAAUGCCCGGCGGAAGUUCGUGUAGAAGUAAAAGAAUACAUGGAAAUGAAAAAGAAACAAACGGAGCAUAGAAGAUGUGUAGUAGACAUUGAUGAAACGGUUGAUUUGGAUGAUUAUGAUGUCGAGGAAGAAGAAAUUGAUCCCAUGAAGGCUCCAACUCCAAGGAAUCUAUCCUCCUCCGCAUCCACUCAAGGUUACAACAUGAAGAAAGCUCAAUUUCAAUUCAAGAGGUCAAAAGCAAAAGGGGCUAAUGAUUGCUAUUUUACACCCGAUGUCGAAGUUGCCGUGGAAAAUCGAAAGAGCAAAGGAAAGCAACCAAGAAUAGAUGAGAAUUCGCCCUAUCGAGAAGAGUUGAGGAAGAGAGCUUAUGAAAAGAUUGCAAGGUUCCUAUAUGAAGCCGCGGUCCCUCUUAAUGUGGUCAAUUGUCCGGCUUUUGGGCCUAUGAUUGAGGCCGUUGGAAAUUAUGGUUCCGGGUUGCCGCCGCCGACGUACUAUCAAGUAAGAGGCCCGUUGCUUAAGAAUGAGAAAGAGCACGUGAUGAAGAUGAUGAAAGAGCACGAGCUAUCUAGAGCACAAUACGGGUGCACAUUGAUGUGUGAUGGGUGGACCGAGGGUCUCCAAGUCCAUCCAAAGGUUGGUUCCAAGCAAAGAGCUACAAGGACACCGGCAAAUUGGUGGGCGGCGUAUGGCUCUGAUACACCCGAUUUGCAAAAAUUUGCUAUCAAGGUGUUGAGCCUCACUUGUAGCUCGUCCGGAUGUGAGAGGAAUUGGAGUGUUUUUGAGCACAUUCAUUCGAAGAAAAGAAACAAAUUGGAUCAUGAUCGACUUAAUGACUUGGUGUUUAUCAAGUACAAUAGGGCAUUGCAACGCCGGUACUUGAUGCGGGGAAAAAUUGAUCCUAUUGCCUUGAAAGACAUUGAUGAAAGCAAUGAAUGGUUGGUGGGUGCUAGAGAGGAAGAAUAUGUGUUUCAAAAUGAGGAUUUAACUUGGGAUGACGUUGCUACGGCCGCCGGGGUUGAGGAGCCGAGAAAUAGAACUAGAUCAACUGGAAAGAAGUCGGCUUCUAACGCAUCAUCUUCAUCAUUUAGGCUUGUAGAUGAAGAUUGUGAAUGGAAUGAUGAUGUUAUCAACGAUGAUGCGGAAGAAGAGGAUGUGGAUGGAUAUAAGUCGAAUGAUGAUGUAGCCGCGGUCGAAGAACUUUCCCUCGACUAGUAUUUUUUGUGGAAGUAAAACUAAUUUUAGUUGUUUCUUUUGGUGUUGCUUUUGUUGGAAGUUGGAAUUUGGAACUAUGAAUAUUGUCGUUUAUUUGCUUUAUAUUGGUCAUGUUGGAUAUGGAUGCUACUUGUUAGUUUUUUAUACUUUAUUUAUUGUUGUUUUCAUUUAAUGUGUGGUGUUUUAUUGCAUAUUUAUUAGCUAUUAUAAUUUAUAUCUACAUAAAUAAUUGUGUCAUAAUUUGGUAAAAUGUCUCAUAUACAACUAUACAUAUAUUUAUAUUUUUUUUUUUUGU